UUGUCAGAUGCAAAAUGUAAAAUAAACACAUUAGUGCGAAAAUUUAAUUAAAAAUUUAUAAAACAUGAGUUGAAUUUGCCUGCACCAAACAUUGAAACUCAAUGUUUCAUUUAUAAUUCUGUAUCAUUCAAAUCCAAAUGGGUGUACCAAAUAGUAAAGAAAUGGUUGCCAGACGACGCAUUGACACAGCGACGAGCAAUUCUAGUCUAUCAAACCUGCGCUACGUAAUACAGAGUAACAAAUCUAAGUGGAAGAUGUUUCGUAAGAGAGAAAUGGCGCCUAUACCAGCAUACACAGCAGCAUCUCUUAAGCCGAAAAAGGGGUGCCCAUGCGGCAGCGAAGGUCCAUGCAAGCAAAAAGUUACACCCAAAGGAGUUACAAUACAUUAUCCACAAAAGAAGAAAAAGUUAUUUGGACCAAGUAAAGCCUAUAUACCACCAAAACUGGAAAAAAGCUACUAUGGCAGUAACAAUAGCUCUCGGCCCAAAGUGAAGAUAGUACGGGAGAGGAAGUUCCCGACCUGGAGAUUAGACAAAAUAUACUACAGGCCCCGCUUUUGAGAAAAAUGUAAAUGUACUAUGAAUGUUUUGUUUUAAUAAAGCUUUAC